AUGAGGUUCUCUGGUCAAAGUCGCGGUGGCUCCUCCCCUUUGUCCGCCUGUUUCCACCCUUCAGCCACCGCUACCACCGACGAUACAUCAUCCUCUCUUCCAUCGCCGUCAACUCCAUCUUAUUUCUCCGGCGACUUCCCAAAUCCCACCACCACUUGCCACUACCACACUAACACCGGCGUCUUCUUCCUCUCAUGGUCUCAAGCUUUCCUCCGCCGCUCUCUCCACCUCCAUUACUACUCCUGCCACUCUGUAAAUUGCUAUCUCCACUCUCCUGAUUGCUACCGUCGCUCCGUUCCCUUCACUUUCCGACUAGAAAUCAAGCCCUUGACCUUCUGGAGAAAACAUGGCUCCAAGAAGAUAUCAAGAAAGCCCGACAUUAGGGUCGUAUGGGACCUGACUCAUGCAAGAUUUGGAUCAGGACCCGACCCGGAGUCCGGAUUUUACGUGGCUGUCGUCGUAGCCGGCGAGGUGGGUCUUCUCGUCGGCGAUUCUCUGAAACAGAGGCCAAAGAGGCAAAUCUUGGUGUCAAGGAGGGAGAAUCUGUUUGGAAACAGAGUUUACAAUACGAAAAUCAAUAUUAAAGGAAAACUCAGAGAGAUUAGUAUAGACGUUAAGGUUAACGACGAUGCUAAUCUCCGGUUUAGCGUAGACAACAAGAGUGUUUUGAAGAUUAAGGAGCUUCAGUGGAAAUUCAGAGGAAAUGCAAAGAUUGUGAUCGAUGGUGUGACGAUACAGAUAUCGUGGGAUGUGUACAACUGGCUGUUUGGUGACAAGGAUAAAGUUAACCCGGAUAAAGUCCCUGCCGUGUUCUUACUCCGGUUUGAAAAUCAAGAAGUGGAAGGAAACGAUGUAUUGAUGAUGAAGAAGCGUGAGCGAGACGGUGACGUUCUGAGGAAAGAGAACUCUCGAACGACGUCGUUUUGGACGUCUUCGUAUGGUCAUUGGUCUUCUUCUGUAGUGGAGUGGUCGACUUGUAAGGAAGAAGACGAAAGGAGCUUUGGACAUAAGAGUUGGUUCUCUUUGACUGUCUACGCUUGGAGGAAGUAG